CAGUGGCGCUUUGCUGCUAGAACUUCCUUUACGGUGUCGACGAUUGUGCUUCGCAUCGCGUUUAGCGAAGUACCACAUUUUGUAUCCGGCAGAACUGAUAGAAAUCCUUUGGAUUUUUAGUUAUAAGGAUGGUUCAGAAGAAGCCGAAGAAGAAGGUAGGAAAGAAGGUAGCUGCCGCACCAUUGGCAGUUAAGAAGGUUGAACCCAAGAAAGUGACCAAUCCACUCUUUGAAAAGAGAACACGUAACUUUGGCAUUGGCCAGGAUAUCCAACCAGCACGUGACCUUAGUCGUUUUGUAAGAUGGCCCAAGUACAUUCGUAUCCAACGCCAAAGAUCUGUGUUGCAGAAGAGAUUGAAAGUACCGCCAACGAUAAAUCAAUUUGCACAAACGUUGGACAAACAAACUGCUACACAAUUAUUCAAAGUGUUGGAGAAAUAUCGUCCUGAAUCAGCUGCCAUGAAGAAGGCAAGGUUGAAGGCGAGAGCUGAGCAGAAAAUCGCAAAGAAGGAAGAUACACCGACAAAGAGACCAAAUGUCAUUCGCAGCGGAACUAACACAGUGACCACAUUGGUGGAACAAAAGAAAGCUCAGUUAGUUGUUAUCGCUCAUGAUGUUGAUCCUAUUGAGAUCGUAUUAUUCCUUCCUGCCUUGUGCCGUAAGAUGGGUGUACCAUACUGCAUUGUUAAAGGCAAGGCACGUUUGGGACGUUUGGUUAGACGUAAAACCUGCUCAGCGGUUGCACUUACUCAAGUUGAUUCUGGUGAUAGAGCCAACUUCGCAAAGAUUGUUGAAGCCAUUAAAACUAACUUCAAUGAUCGAUAUGAUGAAAUCAGACGUCACUGGGGUGGUGGUUUAUUGGGUAGUAAAUCCGCAGCCAGGAUAGCAAAAUUGGAAAAAGCUAAGGCCAAGGAACUUGCACAGAAGCAAGGUUAACAUCGUUGCCUAUUUCUACAGGUUACAUAAGAAAAUAAAGGAUAAAACAUCUGGA